AAUUCGCGCGACAGCUAUGCAUACAAAUUUCAUCUGCCCCCAAAACUCCGGUCAACGCCGUUCUGCGGCGGAAGCAGCUCGCUAUUUCCAUUCUUUGGCUCUCCAAUUCGAAAGUCUCAAGUAGAAAAGAGUCCGCGGACGUUUGUGCGAUCAAUUUCAUCCUUUGUAUAUUUCGACCGAUAAUUAAAUUCAUCGGAAUGUCGACCAAAGCCGCGCUUGACUCGCCGUUGGCGAACGUCUCGUCCGAGAUCGAGGAACGUCGGUGCGGCCUGAUCGGCCGCCACCAGGAACUCAGGAGCAAAGUCACCACGAUGGAACGCUCCAUUCCGGCUCUGAUGGCGUACAACAUGUGGAUGGCCGAGCGAGAUUGUCGCGAUGGGCCGUACGACAAAGUACGAGAGAUCAUGAAUUUGUUCUCGCCGCAGCCAGACCCCGCCGACAGACUCCUCGCCGAAUUGAAGAGCACGGUCGACGGCCUCCACCAGGAAACGGCAGAGUUGCAUGACAAGAUCAUAGACGCGGAUGUGAAACUGGAGGAGACUGGCAUGGAGCUGGAGUCCUUGGAGCUGGCUAACAAAGAAACGGAAGAGAAAUUGACAGAGUUGCGCAACGAGGUAGAGAGACGCAGUACACCCAGCCUGCAUUCCAUUCAUUCCGAGGAUCUGAUAUGCCUGAGAAAGAUCCGUCAGCUCGCCGAGGAAGAAUUGAAACUGAAGAACUGCAUCAGAGAGCUGGAAAACAAAGAAUUCGUGUACAGGCGACAAAUGGGCAAGUUGCUGUCGUGCAAGAAAUUUCAGCGCGGCAGCGGGAAAAUGACGGAACGCGCGCAGGGGUCGAAGGACAGAAAACUAUUUGGUCCAUCAGAAGAUUACACACGUGAUAAAUGUGCGAAGAAAAAGUUGAGUCUUGAAGAUAAGAAACGAACCUGCUGCUCGUGCGCAACGUCGAUCACGUUGACUGCACCAAAAAGGCCAUUUGGGACUUGCGAAAAAUCGCGUCCGCUUUCGCUUUCGUGCUGCGUCCCGCUGGACCAUCGCGCGACCGCGAAUAAAUCGCGCGAUUGCAUUUGCUGCAAAUCUUGCCGACGGGUUUCUUCCGCUGCAUUCAAAUCCAAGGGCUCGGCGAAACCUCCUUGCGAGUCUCUAUUCAGCGUCGCCUCGAAAACAGAUGUAUCUAAACAAUUAACGCAAUCCUCGGUGCCGUGUGAUCCCAGUAAAACGUGCGACGAGUGCCCAACACCUGCCGCAUGCCAGCAAAUUAAUAUCUGCAGCUACGACUGCGAAGAAGAGCACAGGCGCGAGUUAUAUGAUUGCAACGUCGGAUCGCUGGAUGCUUAUCAGUCAGUAACGUCGGGGAUGCUGCACUCGGGAUCGGAAACGGACAGCAACAGCGAUGAGGAGUUUUGCGAGUGUUGCUCUUGUGGUUGCGAAAUCAACGACGAUUUAUUGUAGCAAUAAUGUAGCAAUCAAUAUCCGAACAUUUAAAAAAUCAGUGAAAUUAACCGGCUUUAAUGUCCUUGACAGUACAAAGAUUCCUUUAUUUUAACAUAUGUACAAAAAGUUUUAAUAUAAUUGAUUUUUAAAAUUAAUAGUUAAA